AUCCGACGGCUCAGAUUCACCAAACCUCAUUAUAAUCCCUUUGAGCCACACGAAGACAUAUACAUUUACACAGACACAAUCCCGAGAAAGAGAGAUCGUAAGGAGAUAACAAGAAUGGUUUCUUCGCUUCUUAUGUCGUUUGCUCCGGCCACCGUGAGGGUUUACGCCACAACCGCAAAAGGAGCUUCAGGCGGCGCCAAGGAGGAGAAGAGUCCCCUCGACUUUGUGCUGGGCUAUUUGACAAAGCAAGAUCAGUUCUACGAGACUGAUCCAAUCCUCAAGAAGGUGGAGAAGGAACAAGGCACCACUGGAGGCAGAGGAACCUUUCGCGGCGGUGGUAAAAGCGCUGCUCCGGUGCCUGUGGCGCCAAAGAAGAACGAUGGUGGUGGGCUCGGCGGCUUAGCUGGCCUCUUCAACAAAAAAUGAAUGUAAAUCUGCAUUAUCUAUUUGCUUCUGUGUUGUUUAUUCUCUAUACAUUCUUCAGAUUUCAGUUAUAUAUAUAAACUGCUCCUUUCUUCAUCUUAUCGACAAGCUAUCAACG